AUUUCUCUGUCAUUAUCAGCCUUGAUUUUGUGAAUGAUGAUUUCUGCACCUGAUUUAUCAGAAUGUUACACCAAAUUUUGUAUUUUAUCAGAAAAUCCGAAAUAAAGUUUUGUAGUAUAUUGUUAUUUUCUACACCAUUAGGUUUUGUUUAAAGAUUUUCAGAAAUUUUUUUUAAUGUUUUACCAUUGCGUUUUUGGAGUUGCUCAGAGCGUGAAACAGGAGUUGGGACCUCGAUCAGCUGGCUAGCCAAAUUAAUCACAGCCGUUUCAGAUUUGCUGCGAGGUCCCGUUUUGUUGUUGUUUCUCUGGACCUGUGUAAUAUUAUCUGCAGUUUUAAUUUUUACAAAUUUUAUUGUAAUAUUUCCUACUUUUUAAGCCCAGUAUCUUGUGAGAAUGGCCAACGUUUCCGUUUUUGCAACGUUUCUCGUGGUUGUGCUGCUGGUGGCUUCCACGAACCAGGUUAUCAUUCGCAAUCCUUCCUUCAGCAUCCCGUGGAGGAAAUUAUUGCCAAAACAUUCACCGCUUUGGCCGCAUGGCUCGAUGCAGGUGUCGCCCGUUAUUCUUAUUCCAGGCGAUGGUGGCAGCCAGUUUGAAGCGAAACUGGAUAAACCCAGUGUUGUGCAUUAUCUGUGUGCUCAGAAGACAGCGGGAUAUUUUGAUUUAUGGUUGAAUAUUGAAUUGUUGUUGCCUUACGUUCUGGACUGCUGGAUUGAUAAUAUAAAGCUCAAUUACAAUAAUGUUACGGAUCAGACGGAGAAUUCUCCGGGUGUGGAUAUCCGCGUGGUGGGAUUUGGCAACAGCUCAUCGGUGGAAUAUCUGGAUCCCAGUCGCAUUAGCAUUUCCAAGUAUUUUGUUGACAUCGCCAACGUGCUGGUGGCUAACGGAUACAAACGGGAUGUGUCCAUUCGUGGUGUGCCUUACGAUUUCCGCAAAGCUCCCAAUGAAUUGGGGGAUUAUUUUGUGGCCUUCAAGAAAUUAGUGGAGGAAACGUACGAAUUGAAUAAUCAAACCGCCGUGACGUUUAUUGCCCAUUCCAUGGGUAAUUUGAUUGGAUUACACUUUCUUCACCAGCAGACACCCGAAUGGAAAGCCAAGUAUAUAAAAUCCUUCAUCAGUCUGGGCGCUCCGUGGGGUGGAGCGGUUAAAGCCAUUAAAGCCUUUGCGUCAGGUGAAAAUAUGAAUGUUGCCCUGAUCAGUGCCUUCCGUAUCCGCGCCGAACAGCGCACGAAUCCCAGCUUGACCUUCAUCUUUCCCCAUCCGGAUUUCUGGGAUAAUAACCAAACGUUUGUAAUAACGCCCACGCGAAAUUAUUCCCUGAGCAAUAUGCAAGAUUUCUUCUCGGAUAUGAAUUUUCCCGACGGAUGGGAGAUGUACAAACGGACAUCCAAUCUGGUCACACUCAAACCGCCAGGCGUUCCGAUGUACUGCAUGUAUGGUGUGGGUGUGGACACACCCACCCAGAUGAUCUACGGGAAGGGCCAGUUCCCGGACACGUCGCCCAAAGUGGUCAACGGCGAUGGUGACGGCACGGUGAACCGGCGCAGUCUGGAAGUGUGCGCUCUGUGGCAGAAGAUGAUACCGAACGACAUCCAUCUCUUCCCGUUUACGGGGGUGAAUCACAUGACGGUGCUGUCGGAUAAGAACGUCCUCAACGCUAUCGGAAAGGUGGUGUUUGAUUUGAAAGAAUUCAGAUGAUUAGCUCAAGUUUUCUAUAGUCUGUGAUGUCGAAGCCAAUUGAUGUUGGUAGCGAUCAAGUAUUACGUGCGUUGUGGUUCCUUUUUCUGGUGCUUCGGAACUGGUUUUCCCUGUUCAACCGCUGCUGCCUUGUACAUGUUUUCUUUCAGCUGUUUCGUGUCUUGUUCUGGUUUGCAUGUGUUUUGUUGAGAAUCCAUUUUCUUCUGAUGGAACAGUUAGGAGUUCAAUAGCCGCUGUAAUUUUGUUGAUGUGAAGGCAUCUGAGAACGGUAUUUGCUAUGAUUUUAUAAGUAAAGAUCACAAUUAAGCAAU